CAAAAAAAUGUUGAAAGUAGGAAACACCAAAAAAUUGCACAUACUUCUGGAUCAAAGAGCUUUGCUAGGAGAAGGGCUGAGAUGGAAAUUGAGCUCGGGCACACUGUUAAUCGCUCAGAACUAUGGAUGGAUACCCACAAAGUAAAAAGAGGGUCAUCUGUUAAUGAAGAAUGUAGAAUUAUCACUGAAAAGAUCAGAAAUGAAAUGGAUCAAUGCUCGCCUUCUCAAUCACAAUUUGUUUCACAAGAUGAUCCUGUUGGCAAAACCUUUGGAAAAGAACACAAUGGACGUGUUCGUGGGUUAGGUUUUGGACCAUGCCCAUCUAAGUUCAAAGUGAUAAGUUGCAAGUUCAAAGUGAUAUGCAAAAGGCCAUGGGAGGGGCUCUUGUUGCUAUUUUGGAAAGAACUUUUGGCAAAGUUCCUGAAGAAUUUGCUAUCUUCCUUAACCAAACAUCUAAACCAGUACCCGAUGAAAGAAGCAAGCUACAAUCUUCACAAGGGAGUGGAAAGCAAAAUUCAUCCUCUAGUCAUCAUGUUAAUGGACAAUCUUCUACAUGAUAUGCAACUGUUCUGCAGUUUCUGGGCAAUGUAGGACUGCAGAUUGGUCAUUGGUUGUUGUUAAGGCAACUCUCUUCAUUGUGACUUACCUUGUCUGCAACUGCUUAU